AUGUCGGACCUCAUCUCUCUGAAGGUCGACAACUUCCCCUUCGAGACGACGACGAACGAGCUGACGGACCUCUUCUCCAAGUACGGCGAGGUCAAGGACUGCUACCUCCCCAAGGACCACGCCACCGGCAACUCGCGCGGCUUUGGCUUCGUCCGCUUUGGCUCGCAGGACGAGGCCGACGCCGCAAUCAAAGGGUGCCGCCGCAGUAGUGGGUGA